CCUCAUCGCGCCCUGGGCUACCGUGCUCUCUCGCGCUUCUCUCUCGUUUUGUACUAAUCUCUCACAAGGUUUGUUGUCUCCUUGCAUCAUCCGGAUCCGGGCGCUCACUGUCUUCUCAUCUCCCCGUCGGCAUCUUGGACCGAAUUCUGCCCUAUCGUACUCUUUUACGGACCCUCUCUCAUCUUCGGCACCCGCGUAUCCCUACGACUCCACGUUGUUUCCAAUGAGCUUCUGAUUGCCCCAGAAAAAGAGGCCGCCUUUUUUUCCUUUUACAAAUUCCCUCUUUGGGGCACCAUACCACUACUCUGUACGGAGUACCAAGACUCCUUUGGAUCCUGACCUCACAUCAUCACUAGCCAAGCCGGGUGAUCCGGAUCUUCCCAUUCGCUCCAUAGCCACAAUUUCCGCGUACUCAUCUCAUCCCGCCUCAGCUGCCCAGCACGCCCAGCUUAUUAGGCUCUGCAGGUUACACAGUACUCAUCUCCCUCUUAUUCGUCAGUCCACACAUGAAACUUUACGGAUACCGCACGCAGGGUCAGAUCAAAGAUCACCUCAAUCAAAGACCUUGUCCAGGUUCACGGACAGACUCAGACUCCACUGUCGUAUCGUGGAAUGCUCCGCCGUUGGCAAUCCCUUUUUAAUAGCCGCUAGAUCACGCUCUCUUUUCGCUUGAGUACAUACCCUGAGAUUGAACAUCUGCCAAUCUCCCGAACCUUAAGUCCUCUUCGUUCUCGCAGAACGUCGUCACGUCUGGGAACGGUCAUUGGGAACUCAGCUACUAAUCCUAGCUCUCACCAUUGACAACUCAUCCCAACACCCACUUUAGACAACGCAGGAACUGAUCUUCCCGUCAAAUCGCAUCGCUCCUCCAUCAGCAACCAAGCAUUGGCCAACAAGGGGCUUUCUUGUAGCAAGAAAAAGACCACGGCAUCCCGACGUCUCAGUCCGAUUAAAAAGAAGGACCGCGCUCACACUCAAAAAAACUCUCCAAUUCGACGUCAUACCGGCCAACACCAGGCGAAAACCUUCUUUAGCUCGACGGGUCCGUGAAAAAGGCCGAAGCCUCCUCAUCCCCGUCAAAGUCGCCGCACCGCACAGCCGCUGGGCCAUGCCCACAAGGUCGACAAUCGCUGGAUCCUAUUACUACUAGUGUCCAUCCGUCGCCCAUCUCUACCGUCCCUUCCGAUCCUUCCUUUUUCUAUUCCGGAGUUUGGGUUAUCCGUAUAUCUUUCACAACCCCCAUCCUCUUUUUGAUACCCCCUUUCAAGCUUCCCUUCUGUUCGCCCACUUACAAAACCAACGCCUCUGGUUCAAAUGUUCCACCUGUUCCACUAGGCCUAGGAUCAAAGGAGGAUUUACACACAAAUGAUGCUCUCAUCCCUAUUGGCAGUGGCAGCUGCCGUUGCCCAGGUGUGGGCGGUUGAUCCCGUGAAGCCAAUGGCGGCCGGGCUCAUCAUGGAGGCCCUGGACCCCCGCGCCCUCCCCAACUCGCCUUCGGGAGGCUACGCACCCGCGAUCGUCGACUGCCCGUCCGCCCGUCCCACAAUCCGGUCCGCAUCGGCCCUGUCACCGAACGAGACAGCAUGGCUCCCCCUUCGCCGCAACGCCACCGUCGAACCCAUGCGCGAGUUCCUAACUCGCGUCAGCAUUCCCAACUUUGAUGCCGGUGCCUACAUCGACCGUGUAAGCUCAUCAUCAUCGCAAUUGCCCAACAUCGCCCUUGCCGUGUCAGGUGGUGGGUACCGGGCCCUCAUGAACGGCGCCGGCUUCCUUGCUGCCGCAGAUAGCCGGACCCCCAACUCGACAUCAGCUGGCCAGAUCGGUGGCCUCCUCCAGUCCGCCACUUACGUUGCCGGUCUUUCUGGUGGUGGAUGGCUCGUCGGAUCCAUCUUCACGAACAACUUCUCCUCCGUGGUCGACCUGCAGCGCGGCUCAAAGGGAUCCGCCGUCUGGAAAUUCGACCGGUCCAUCUUCUCGGGCCCCAAAGAAUCCGGCCUCUCCAUCCUCAACACAGCCGAGUACUGGAGAGAUGUUGCCAAGCAAGUCGAUACCAAGGACCAAGGCUUCGAGGUUUCCAUCACGGACUACUGGGGCCGCGCUCUCUCCUACCAGCUCAUCAACGCCACUGACGGCGGGCCGGCCUACACCUUCUCGUCCAUCGCCGACGAGCCCGACUUCCAGUCCGGCCAGCAGCCCUUCCCCAUCCUCGUCGCCGACGGCCGCGCCCCCAACGAGCGCAUCAUCUCUCUCAACGCUACCGUCUACGAGUUCAACCCCUUUGAGCUCGGCACCUGGGACAACACCGCCUACGGCUUCGCUCCCCUCCGCUACCUCGCCUCCAACUUCUCCGCCGGCCGCAUCCCAAACAACGGCUCCUGCGUCCGCGGCUUCGACCAGGCUGGCUUCGUCAUGGGCACCUCCUCCUCCCUCUUCAACCAGUUCAUGCUCCAGAACCUCUCCUCCGCCGGCCUGCCCGACUUCAUCCAGUCCGCCCUGACCACCAUCCUCAACGUCCUGGACCAGGACAACAACGACAUCGCCCAAUACGUGCCCAACCCCUUUUACGGCUACAAUCCGCGCACAAACGUAAACGCAAACCAGACCCAGCUCUCCCUCGUCGACGGCGGCGAAGACCUCCAAAACAUCCCCCUCCACCCCCUGAUCCAACCCAACCGCGCCGUUGACGUAAUCUUCGCCGUCGACUCUUCUGCCGACACAAACUACAACUGGCCCAACGGCACAGCCCUCCGCGCAACCUAUGACCGCGUCGCCCAGCCCAUCGCAAACGGCACCCUCUUCCCCCCCGUCCCGGACGCAAACACCUUCAUCAACCUAGGCCUCAACCGCCGCCCGACCUUCUUCGGCUGCAACGCCUCAAACUUCACCCUCUCGGGCAAUCAGCGCGUGCCGCCCCUCGUCGUCUACCUCCCCAACGCGCCCUACGUCGCCCACUCCAACGUCUCGACCUUUGACCCCAGCUACGAGCUCGACCAGCGCGACGCAAUCAUCCAAAACGGCUACGACUCGGCCACUCAGGGCAACGCGACCCUCGACGCCCAGUGGCCCGUCUGCGUGGCCUGCGCCGUGCUCUCCCGCAGCAUGGCGCGGUCCCGCGAGACCGUGCCCGACGCCUGCGCGCAGUGCUUCUCGCGGUACUGCUGGAACGGCACGCUCGAUACCCGCGAGGUGGACUAUAACCCCACCUUUUCGAUUGGCAACAUCGAGGCCAACAGUCCGGCCGCGAGGACGGGUGUGAGUUUUGCAGCUGGGGUGUUGAGUGCGGCGGCGGCGGCGCUGGUGCUGGCCAUCUAAGAUUUUGGUUUUCAUGAUGAUAUUUUUGCGCAUUAACGGCCUUUCUUUCGAUACAACAUUACGGGACAUCACGGCCGGCAGUGGGUUCAUGUUCGAAAACCAUAUUAUUCCCCCAAGGCUAAGGGGGGCAUUCUUGGACUCUCCUUCGCCUUCUGAGCUCCCUUGAGAGCAGGAAAACAGGAUACUGCUCUGGCGUUGGUCAGCAUUAGGAUCACGGACAUAUUCAUUACACGGGGGUAAAAAACAGAGAGGUUGGGGAAGAAGCAAGACUUGUUUUUGCAAGACUCUCACUAGAGAAAUAGGAGUGUGUGUGAGAGAGAGAGAGAGAGAAGAGAGAUGCGUAGUCUUUGAAAAGGCGAAUUUGGGGAUAUCCACUAAUGCAAAGGUCCUUCCUUGUAAAAACAUGACUGCAUCAACAGGCUGCAUGUAAUGCCAUUCGAGGAACCACGGCUCCUGUGCUCCUCCCCCUCCCGUUUUCCCGUGAUAUUUCCCAAGCUGAGAGAACACCACAUAUUCUGCUCCUUGCUAGGCCGUGUGAAACCUCUCGCCCCCAACACCGGACCUCCUCCCAAAUCCUAUGUAGAACGACCUGGAAACCCGGUGGUUUGCUGUGGAAAAAUAAUAUGUAUGAUUCUCCCGACUCCGACCGUUCGCCUCCCAGACCUAACGAGGAGUAUGAAUGAUGCAAUGUCGUGAAAAUCAGUCAUUAACGCGUAAAAGCAGGCCCGGCGAAGGGCUCUGAGAGGAACAGGGGUUUCGGCGGAGACGGUGGUCGGUUCGGUGGCUCAUUGAGUAAAUCGAACUGUGGCGCCAGACAGUGAUUUUUUUGCCAUACGCAGCGUCUGGUCUGUUUCGCAGCCUUGUCG